AUGGCUUCUAAUGAAGAAUAUAUAAAUAAUUCUAAAAUACUACUUCCAGGUUAGUACAACGACUAUUAUUAUUAUAUUUUAUUAAGCCGUGAAGAUUAUUUUUUGGUUAAAAACUUAUGCUACAGUGAUAUUUGUAUAAUAUAUUUUUGAAAUAUUUCAGCCCGUGAAAGAUUCUUAUGAUUAUUUUGUUUAUCAAAGUUAAGGGAAAGGAUAGAUUAGAAAUAGAAAAUAUGGAUAUGCCUAUUACUAAAAUGAUUGUUAAACACUUAAUUUAUUUCCAUCUAAAAAUGUUAUAUAGUUGAUCAAAACUAAAAUUAAAUAAUUUAAAAAAAAUUCCAUUUGAUAAAUCAAACACCCUGAAUAAUGAUCAUCUACCAACUUUAUAUUUUUUUCUACAAAUAUGGAUAGUAUAGAUCAUCAUACAUGUACAAUUUUACAUAUUAUAACAUGCGGCAUACCAACUGUGUAAGGUGUUAUUUAAAAUUAUUAUUAAUUUUUAUUAUUUGAUGUCUGAUACAUAUUUGAUGUAUAAUGUUCUAUGGAUAUAAUUAAUAUAACAUUAUAUAGUAACCGAAAACGGAGAUUUAGUGGGCUGUAGAAUAUUUAUUAAAAAAGUCUUGCUUAAUAUGAAUAAUUUUUUAAAACAAGUAUUGAAUUUAAAAUGAAUGUUGGUCAAAUAAAAAAUGAUAAUGUUGUUCUACUUAAUUCAUUACUAUAUGUAUCUAGUAUUUUAAUAUUUACCUAUUACAUGGUAGACUAAAUACAUAUUGUAUUAUAUUAUGUAAUGUAUAAUAUUUAUUAUACCUAUGAUGAAAAUGAAGAAGAUACAGAUACAAACAUAAUUCAAGGAUGUUGUAAUUAAAUUUUGUCUAAUACGAAUUUAGUAUUAUUCCAUAGGGCAAUGUCUAAUAAACAAUUUUGUAAUCGUUGACUUAGAUAUUAUCAGUGAUUAUAUAAUAAUACUUAUUGAGUAUUAUUUUAUAUUUAUUCACCUACUUAUACCAUAAGUUAGUUCCAAAGGUAAUAAAAAACAAUUAAUAAACUUAUAAACUUAUAAACUUAUUAUGUUAUACGAUAAAUAUAAAUAAAUAAAUAAUGUAUACACAUUUUAAAAUAGAUACCUAUACUAUAAUAGGAUAUCUGAUGUAUAUAAUGAAAAUAUAUUUCAUCAGCGUUAAAAGCAUAAAUACAACCAAUUUACCUAUAUAUACUUAUCUUCUUAUCUUAUGAUACUUAAGUAGGUAUUAUAAAGUUACUUAAAUAUUACAGUAUAAUAUAUUACAUUUGUUUUGGGAAAUAUUUAUCUUUGGGUGCUAUAUUCAAAAAUCUUCUCUUACUCAUAUUAGCUACUAUAUUAUAAUUAACUUCUUUGAUCUCAAAUAUUAAUAUUAGAAAAAUGUAUACUAUAUAUUUAUAAAUAGGGAACAAAUUUAUAUGUACUUAAAAUCUGCAAAAAAGUGUGUAAUCGUCAAAAAUACUUAAAAAUAUUUCAAAAAGCAAAAGUGAUAAAGGAUUCUUCAUAUUGUUAGAUUCCAUUUAUCCUUUUCAAAUUUAUAAUAGUUAGUUCUUCCUCAUCCUAUAGUGCUUCUAUGUUUUCCUUCCAUCUAUCUACAAUCUGUUCUUGUUUGUAAAUAAUUUCUCCUCUCCAUUUUCUAUUGCUUAAAAUUUGGUAGUAUGUUUUCCAAAGAACUUUUUCAUGGUCUAAAUAGUACCUGCCUUAAUAAUAAGUUUUUAAAUUUGAGUUUAUAAAUAUAUUAUGGGAGGUUGUGCAGCAAUUACUUGUCACAAUAGUGACAAAAAAGGUUUUAACAUGUUUAUCUUCCUAAUUAUGCCAAUGAAUGUGAUUGUUUCCUACUAGAUUUCUUUCAGAAUAAAAAGUAAAAUAUGGAUAUCGUUUAUCAUCAAACUUCUUAAACAGUUUUCCAAGAAAAUUUCUCUAAUUUCAAAUUUAAUACUGAAAAUGUUAAUACUUUAGCGUCUCAUUUUGAUUCAUCAGAUUUAAACAAUGUAUAUUAUUUAAGUGGAAGUGCUGUACAUUAUAUUACUACAUUUUGUUAUGAAUCAUGUCGUACAUUGGUUGUUACAUCUCAGGGAUGUAAUAUAACUUCUGAAAUGAAACAUUUUACAGAAUUUAUGAACAAAUUGCACAUCCUUUUUUAUAUGUAAUUUAAUUAAUUUUAAACUGUGAAGUAAUUUAAAUACAACAUAAAUCAUUCAUUUUGCAUAAUUAUUCUUCACAACUAUUAAUGGAUAAGAUGUUUUCAGAAAAACAAUUUUCAAAUUUGUACCACUAAAAAACCUGACUUAAAUUUUUUGAUUAUUAAAUAUUUUUUUUAUUAUUCAUGGAUAUACAAUAAAUUCAUUAAGUGUUACUAAGAAAAGAAUAAAGGACAUAUAGCACUGCAAAAAAAAAAAAUGUAUUUCUUAAUAUAAUAAAAAUAUUUCUGUGUGAUCCCUAAAUAAUUAAAAUGUAUAAAUUAUAUAAAUAAGAAAGACAUUAAUUACAAUGAGUUAUUCAAUAAAUAAAUUUGUUAUUAAGAAAUUGUAAAACAAUUCAUAAGUAUUAAAACAAAUUCUUGAGUGCUAAUCAAUAAUUUACAGUAAUAGAAAAAGAGCCAAACUAGACAAAAUAAAAUAUUUUAAUUUAAUAUUUUGUUUUUUAUUCUAGAUCUUUAAUUUUAUGGUAUAUUAACUGGUAUCUUUUGAAUCAGAAUUUGAUUGUAACUGUAGUAACUACUCAUCCAAUAAAUGUUUCACAAUUUAUUAGAGCAUUUUUCAAUUUUAUCAAGUGUUGGAUUUCUAAAGAAAAAAAUAUAAUAAGUACAAAAAAGUAACUAAAAAUAACUGAUAUAUUGAAUAGUGGUCUUACUUUAGUUGGUAAAUUUGAUUAUGUAUGUGUAUUCAUAUUAUUAUCUUCAGUUUUAGAUUCUUAGUGGAAUGAAGAAGCUUUUAGUUUUACAAAGAUUUUUUUUAUUAUUAUUUUUAUCUGUGUACAACUUUUGUACCAGAAAACUUGCUCAGAUUUUUAAAUGUGUUUUCCUUCUUAAAUUGGAGCGGAUAGGGUGGUCAAUUUUUCGAUUUUCUCAGGAGUUUUAUCAAAUUGGAAAAACUGAGAAAAUCGGUACAACUUAAUAUUGUAACUUAUUUGAUGUGCCCUUGGAUUCAAAAUUUAAACACAAAUGAUCACAUAUCUUUCACAUAUUCUAAAUAAGAAUCCGCAAUACAUUGCACCAGUAACGAUAUUGCAUUGCUAUCAUCCACUAAAAAUGAUGAUCUCUUGAUGAGUUAAUUUAGAGUAGACUGACUAGUUAGUUCUUCAUCUAGCAUUUACUUAUACUUUAUAUUUCAUGGACAAUUAUGCUCUCCAUUCUUUCAUAAGAAAACCUCCACUCAAAACUUCCAAUUUGAAAAAUUUGAUCCAGCAAAUGGAAUGAUGCCAAUACGUUCCUCAAUAUCUGGGUUCAUAACCUAAUGAUUGGUGUACAACACUAAAUAACAACAGAAGCAUAAAACAGAACAUGGAAUUUGUGUAAAAAAGGUUAAAAAGAAUUUUAGGUUAUAGUAGAUAAGGGUAUUUGUAAUUGAUGCAUAGUUAUAUAACAACAAAUAAAAUAUAAUAUUUUAGAAAUAAAUUUGAAAUUUUUCAACAAUUUAUUUAUGUAUGCAUUUUGUCUAAUACAGGUAUGUUUGCAUGGGAAUUAAUAGGAACAAUUUAUCAACCUCUGAUUCUGCGUAAAAUCAAUGGGUUCAUUUUUAAAUAUGUAUCAAAACAAACAUUGGAAAACGAAAUUUUAAAAAAAUAUUUCAACUAUAAAAAUAUGGAUGUUUUUUCAUGCAUAUCUUUAAAAACUUACACUAUCGACAAAUGUGAAGCAAAAUUACUAACCAAUAUCAACAAUCUUCACGCUGGGAAAAAAUAUGGAAAAAAAUUGAAGUUCAAGGCUGGAAUAGAUUGGAUUAUUAGUUUAGAGGACGCCAAAGAAUUGUAUGAAUUUAUUGAAUACUGUUAUAUUAAAUUGCGGAAUAAUAGUGUACCCGACCGUAAAGAAAAAUGUGGUUUUAUACUCAUCGAUUCGCAUUUUAUUGUGUCAUACUAUAUCAAAGACAACCAAAAGUUCAUUCCACUCUUCUACUUUGAAAACAAAAUGAAUGACUUAAUAAGACAUUGUGCUAUUAAGCUAGAAAAUUGGGACUUGGCAUACCUUAAAUUUUGGUUUAAAGUUCAGGGUGUCAGAAAAGAGUUUUUUGCUAGUGACUCUUGCACUGUGAUUAGCCUAAAUGACAUAAAAAGAUAUUGUAAAUCAGAAACUACUUUCACAGAAUGUUGGCCAGCUAAAAUAAAAAUUACCAGUAGAUCUGAUUCAUGGAUUAGAACAUCAGAUCCUUUUGAUAAUCCAAAUACGGUACCAGUUUCGAAAUCUGUGGGAUCACCACAAAGUGUGUCUAUCUUUAAUAAUAAAAUGGUAUGUUUUUUUUUUUUAUGUGUUGGUUUUUCCAAAUCAAUAAUUAUUGUUUACUAUAUACUCAAUGAAUUAUAAUUUUUGAAUUUUUAAAUCAGAAAUUGUAUGAUUUUAAUUAUACUGAAAUUUUUUGAUUUUCAGGUCAGUUUAUUGAAAAAUAUCACCAUCAAUUGAAUCGAUUAGACCAAAAAUUAAUUGAAAAUAUCCAAAAAAAAAAUUAAAACUUACAAAUAAUAAAAUAUUUCAAUUUUGAUGUUAAGCUACUAUUAUUAGACUAAAUAUAUAAAUAUAGUACAUUAAAUACCUAAAUCUAUAAUUAAAUACCUUUAUAUUUAAUAUAUAAAUUGAGUAAAAUUUUAAUUUAAUGUUGUAUAAUAAACACACACCAAAAUAAUAUACAUAGUAGGUAUACUAUACUUAAAAAUAACUUAACCUUUUUUUUUUUUUGAACCGACAAUUCACCUAUCACCUGGAAAUACUGUUGAGUAGUACGUUAGGUGAAGAAUAACUUAACCUACCAUUUAGUAAUUCAAAAGUAUAUGAUGGCUAUAUCUAUUUUUUAGGUGUGAUAGAUUCACUAUCUGCUUAACAUGAUGAUCAAUGAAGAUUAGACUUGCUACAGACUUAAGCAGACGACAAAUUUAAAAUAAAAUAUAAAUAAUUUUAUAUAAGUGUCCCAUUUUAUGUUUUUUAUAUAAAUCAUAAUAUUUAGUUUAUAGGUAAGAUGAAGUGGGGUAACUGCAACAUAAUUUUAAAAUGUUAAACUUGAACAACUGGCUAUUUUUCCUGGAAAUAACUAACAAAGUGUUUUAAUUGACUGUCCUAUAAGGGCAAAUUUGCUCAUUCUCACACUAAGUUUUAUUUGUGUCUUUAAGUGUCUUUCUAAAAAUAUAAUAAUAAUAAUGAUAAUAUUUACCAAACUCAUUGGAAAUAAUAAUAUUAUUAAUUUAUGAUCACUAUCAUGUUAAUCAUUUACCGUACAACAACCCACAACUGGUAAGUCAUUAUAUUCUGUAGAAUGUAGACUACAUAUAUAUUAACUGCAUAUUAAUUGUAAUUAAUUUCAAAUUCGGAAAUAUGUCCAGAAACAAGUGUCAAUAUUUACAUUGUAGCAAAUCAAAGAAAAUGUUUCCAAAUUUAAAAAUGUAUUGUUUUUCAAAUGACGAAAGAAAAGAAAUAUGCAUAAUACAUUCAGGUAAGUAAUUAAUUAAAAAUAUUUAUACAAAAUUUAUAAUAUUCAAGAAGAUUUUUAUAUAGCAUUGCGAAUAUUAUUUUGUCACUGUCUAUUUAAAGGCUGUCUCAUGAAGAUAUAUACCCAUUUCAAUUUCUUCAGAGAUAAUAAUGAUAGUCAAAUUCUGUUUUUUUUUUUUAUAUUCACAGUGAUAAGAACUAUAAAUAUUUAUAUUUCAAUUAACUUUUAUUAACUAUUUUAUUGUUUUUAAAAAUCAAUUUUAUAGAAUUUAUUCUUCUGAAAAUUUUGACGUAUCAACUAUUUAUUUUUAUUAAAUUCAUGAUUUUUAAUAAUUUUUUAUGUAUCAGAGAAAAGUACCUAUAAUUAUGCAGUAGACAGUAAUCACAUUAUGCUAAUUGUCUGUACACUAUUUUUCUCUAUAUAUAUUAAGUACAAAAUAUGAUAAAUGAUUUAUACAUUUUAAAAUAUACCAUUAUUCAUUUACCUGUAAACAUUAUUUAUUAUUUUAUUUACACUUAAUUGUGUAUAUCUACACAGGAAAAACAAGUUUAUUUUCUGUUGAACCAGAUAAACUCUGCAAUAGGUACAUUUGUCAAGAACAUUUCCCACCUGAGAGCUUUUUACAAAAUUCUAGUCAAAACCUUUUGAUGCGCAUUGCUAUUCCUUAUAAUUAUAAAUCUGAGACCUAGCCAUCUACAUUAUUAUGCUUUAACUAAAAUGACAAAUUUGAACAAGGGUAUAAAAUUUAAAUGUCAAUACCAACUAAAACAUAUGCAUGCUCAGAAUCAGACAUGGUAGAGUUAGUUUUUCCGAGUCUCCCUUCAUUGUUUUCUACUCCUUAAAAAACUAAAAUAACAAGUAUAAUAGAAAUACCUAACCCUAAUUUAAAAAAAAAAAAAAUGUGAUUUGAUUAAAAUGGAUACACCUAGAAAAAUAAAUUUAAAACAAAAAAACCAAAUAAUUGAUAAUAAAAUAACACAUUUCAAAAUUUAAAAAAGAGUAAGUACAUUUAACACUCAUAAUAGUGUUAAAAACUCAAUAAAUAUGAAUAAAUUUUGAUCAAUUAAUUCCAAGGCAAUAGUAACAAAGCAAUUAAAAGAUAGGCGUCGUCUAUGGACGCUAAAUGAAAAAAAUUUAACUUUAAAUUUAUAUUAUAAAUCACCAAUAGCAUAUACAUUUUUACGUUCACAAAAAGUUAAUUUACCCAGUCCAUGGAUGAUUAGUCAAUCGAAAUUCUUACUAGGUUUUAAUAAAUUAUUUUUCAAUCAAAUACAAAAAUAAUUUGAGUCAUCUGAUUAUAAAUAAAAAACGUGCACUGUUUGUUUUGAUGAGAUGUAUAUACAAUAAUUUAUAGAAUAUUCGAAAAAAAUUGAUUUCAUUGAAGGUUUUGAGGACUUGGGUCAAUACGAGAGGACAAAUAAAAGUGCUAACUGUGUUUUAGUAUUUAUAGCUUGAGGUAUUUAUUCACCAUGGAAAUUUCCAAUUGCAUAUUUUCUUGUUCAUUCCAGAGUUUAUAAAACCAUUUAAAAAAUGUAAUAAUUGAUAUUUUACAACAGUUAUUUGAGGUUAGAUUGUAUCCAAAAAUUAUAGUUUGUGAUCAAGACAUAAACAAUCAAAGCACUUUAAAAUCAUUAAAUAUUUCAGAAGAUAGUCAAUUUUUUUUAUCAACAACAAUAAAAUAUAUUCUUUGUUUGAUGUUCCACAUUUAGUUAAAAGUAUUAGAAAUAAUUUAAUUAAUGCAUGAUUUGUAAAAUAUAAUAAAAUAAUCUCAUUUGACAAUAUAAAAAAAACAUACAAUUUGGACAAACAAAAUCAUAAAAGAAGGUCUCUCGUCAAAAUAACAGAUGUACAUAUUUACCUAAAUUCUUUUCAAAAAAUGCGUGUUAAAUUAGCAGUACAUUUAUUGAACAACUACGUGACACUGUAUUAUUUUAAAGCGAUAACUUUUCAACUUCUUUUAUAUUUUUUUGAUCAAACAUGAUCCCGACUGCGACUUUUAUUGCUGGUAAAAUUAAAAACUCACCAAUUGUGUGAGGCUUACCAUUCGUAAACUUAUUUUAAAUGAGGCGCACGUAGCUUUUUGGUCAAUUGCAGUAAAAUUAAAAAUAUUAUUUUUUGAUGUUUUCAAAGAUUCUAGUUUUCUUCCAUAAAAAUCGAGUGGUUUAUUCUUCAUUUCUGGAUGGUUAGUAUCUAUAUGUCGAUAUAGUGUGGUCGCAUACUCCCAUUUGCAAGUAUACAUCCACAAAUAACACAUUGUUGACGUAGGUGUUCUUCGUGUCCGUUCCACGAAAAUCCAAUUCGCAAAUAUUCAGAAGAAUAUUUUCUUAAAGAAUUUUUUUGUUUCGACUCAGAAGAACUUGUUGAAGGCUCAUCGUAAUUUAAUUUUCCUUUUUAACUGUUGACAGAGAUAUUGUCUCUGGUUUUUCUUGACUUCGAGUCAUUGACUAUUUGUUUAACCAUUUGUCCAUAGUUGUACAAAAGUACAAAGAAAACGAUGUACAAAAGUACAAAGAAAACGAAUUUAUUUGAGAAAAAAUAAUAUUAAAUAUACAACUGCGUACAUGUAUCGUAACUGAAAAUAAUCAAAAGUUUUAAACGUCGUGCAGGUACCUACUAAUUUGGGUGUUCUGAUAAAUCAUUAUCUUUUCAAUAACUAUUAAUCUAAUUGCGUCGUUUUGACUCGGUCGCUGUAAACUCGUAAUCGUCACACUCUCAAAUAACGGUUGAUGAUAAAACUGAAUUUAAAUAACGAAAAGUAAUAGAUGUUUAAAAAAUGUAAAUAAAUUUUUAUAUUGCGCUGUGUGGUUUUUAUAAAUCGCGACCCACAGUUUGGGAACCUAUAGGCUAGACAAUUAUCUAAAAAACCCCUUUUUCACCUGACCCACAUUUUAAAUUCUAUUCUCAGAUUCUUACUUUCCUCUCCAAUGGGAAGUAUCAGUCAUAAUAUUAAUUCCGAAACCAGGUAAACCUCCGGAUAUUCCUUCAUCCUAUCGUCCUAUCAGUCUCCUGCCGUUCUUUGCUAAACUUAACGAAAAAUUAAUUCUUAAACAUAUAUCUAAAAUCAUUAAUGAAAAAAAAAAAAAUACCUGAUACUCAAUUCGGAUUUCGCAACAAACACUCCACAAUCCAACAAAUACACCGCCUAACCGACGCCAUAGCCUACUCAUUUGAAAAUAAGAAUUACUGUUCCGCUGUUUUAAUAGAUAUUGCUCAAGCCUUCGACAAGGUUUGGCAUUCCGGACUCUUAUUUAAAUUUAAAACACUUCUACCACCCCCCGAUUUCUUAUUCUUUAAAUUUUACCUAGAAAACCGUCACUUCGUUACCAAAGUAGGCUCCGAACUCUCCAACUUAUCCCCUAUCCUAGGUAGUGUCCCCCAAGGUGCUAUUUCAUCUCCCAUGUUAUAUAACAUAUAUGCAGCAGACCAACAUCAUAUUUACUUUCCACCCAGACUCACUUAUUCCCGGCCAAUACUUAAAAAAUCACUUUGAGGAUAUGGAAGAAUGGUACUCGAAAUGGAAGUUUAAAGUCAACAAUGAAAAAUGCUCACAUAUUACUUUUACGUUAAAAAAAGGCACUAUUCCUCCGUUAUCGCUAUCCAAUAAAAUCAUACCAUCAGCCUCUAAUGUUUGUUAUUUAGGAUUAAUACUAAGGGUUGCCAGACGUCCCGUAUAAUACGGGAAUGUCCCUUUUUUUUGACUAAGUGCCCCGUUGUCGGGACACUGAAAUGUCCCGUUUGCUAAAAUAUGUACCCAUAUUAUAAAUUGUAUUCUUUUUUCGUUUUGAGAUAACAAUUACCUACUUGUUAUUCAUUAUCACUACCCGUCGGCCACAUAGAUAAUAGAAGAUUAAAAUAUAACCAUAUGACCAUACCGACCGNUACCUACUAAUUUGUGUGUUCCGAUAAAUUAUUAUCUUUUCAAUAACUAUUAAUCUAAUUGCGUCGUUUUGACUCGGUCGCUGUAAACUCGUAAUCGUCACACUAACAGAUAACGAUUGACGAUAAAACUGAAUUUGAACAACAACGAAAGGUAAUAGAUGUAUAAAAAAUGUAAUAUUUAAAAAUAUAACGCGACACACCAAAAGUAAAAUCGCGACCCACAGUUUGGGAACCUCUGAUCUACAGUAUCGUCGAUUUCGACUUGGACUACCGACGAAGAAAAUGACGCGUUGUUGAUGAAUGUAUGUCAAGCCACCGGUGAUACGGAAGGAUACGAUAACGAAGGUAAGAUUUAUAUUAUUAUGACCCAUCACAUAGCGAUGGAAUUAGUUUUGAUUUAGGUUUUUUUUUCUUUCUGUUCCCUGUAGGUAGGAAACGUACACUCAAAGAAGAANCCGCUGCCAGAGUGAAAAAAGCAACGAUGGAAAUCGUUGCUUUUUUCCCGGCUUCACCGACGUCGAAUCGUCUUUCGAUCGCAAAAUCGUGUGGUACUAUGCCAAAAACCGUACAUAAAAAGGCGGUAACUUUCUGUAAACGGUGUUGCACGGUGUUGAUCGUCCCGUCGUUGUGGUCACGGAUAGAUAAUCCGAUAAUAUUUAAUGGUGUAAAUAGUAAUUAUUUCUUACAUUUCUAGAUUAUAUUGUCGUUGACAAAAAUUUGGUUGUAACGGUGGGUAGACGGGCGGGGGAGAGGAGGAGGCUAGGAUUGGUCUUGUCGGUUAUAAUUCUUCGUCUAUCGAUUACACCGUUAUAAAAUAUCAUUUUUACUAUAGGUACUUAUACUUGCGAUAUAGACGAAGAGCGCGUAUAGGAUGGUGCGGGGUGAUUUAGGUUGUUCGACGGUAUGGUAACGCGCGUGAAGACACAACUUUAUAGACAUCAACCUUUGUAUGGGCAGUCGCCGACAUUCAGAGAAAUACGAUAUGCGUUGACCGCCUAAUAGACGGGCGGGGUAUGGCGAGCUCGUUAAUAACGAUUGCUAAUGGUACGUCACGAAAAAUAUUAUUUAGAAAAAUAAUAAUAACUUAUUAAAAUAUAUACACUGUCUACAAGCAUAUUAUAUACGGUAUACACAUUUGGCGUGGGGCUAAGAGACCGACUCGUACAGGAUCGUACAGUACCGUACAGUACCGUACAGGAUCGUACAGAAUCUUACAGGAUCGUACAUAAUCUCACAGAAUCGUACAGGAUCUUUCAGGCAAGAAACACGAUGCGCGCUGCUGUCAAUAUAUAUAUAUAUAUAUAUAUAUGUAUGUAUGUAUACGUUCUUUUCGUUUUCGGAGAAGGAUCGGCUAUAUGUAUAUUAUAGACGGGGGGGGGGAAGAUAUGUGUGUGUGUGUAAUUCGUUUGUAGGUAUAUGUAUAAGUUUAUGUGCGUAUGUGACACUCACAGAUAACGAUUGACGAUGAAACUGAAUUUGAAUAACGAAUAGUAAUAGAUGUUUAAAAAAUGUAAUAUUUAAAAAUAUAACGCGGCACACCAAAAAUAUAAUCGCCACCCACAACAGUUUGGGAACCUCUGCUCUAAGUAAAAUAAAUGUUAACAUUUCAACAUUAUCUUCCGAUUUGUACCCAGAAUGUAAUUCUAAAAAUAAAGAAACUAAAACGUAUAACAAUAUUUUAAAAAUAUUUCAUGAUGUUUAAUUAUAGAUUGUCAGCUGAGCAAUGAAUGUUUAUUUUUUUUUUUUUAAUGUAAAUACUUUUUCUACAAGAAAAAAGUAACACUACAGGUAUAAACCGAGCUAUUAAAAUAAAUUUUAAUUUCAAUACAUUCUUUUAACUAUUAAUCUUCAUAUUAUAUUUCUUUAUUCUAUACUUAAGCAUCACUAUGAACUCCGUUCAGAAUCGUUUUUUCCAAAGCAAUGGUUUAUCGUUCUAUACAGAAAUACAUUAAAUUCCUUUCGGUAUCCUACCUUGUCGACUUCUCACCUACCACAGUGGCUGCACCCACGUGCGAAGUAUGUCCAUCCUUCUUGCAUAUGAUAUUUAUUUUAUAUAGUAUGUGUGUAUGGAAAUGUAUGCCUUUUUUCGGUAAGUAUCUACCCAUAGAAUUUGUUAAAUACCAAUUAUUACAGUCAGUAAAUGUCAUUUACCUAAAAAUUGAAAAUACCGAUAAUUGUGAUUUUACUAGGAAAGUUCGAUUGUUGUACGUAAUAAUAUUUAUACAUGUAAUGUAUUGGAAACAAUAAAAUUAUACCUUGUGUUCGUUUAUAUACAAAAAAUAACCAGUAAACAAGUAACUAAUUAGGCAUUAGCCGCCGCGGCCGCGUCGUCGAUGGGUAAACAUGUAUGGGAGGAAAAAUAAUUUUGUGGAAUAUUGCCGCACUAUCUCACGGGAGCCCGCGUAACUACGGUACGUUUCACGAAAAACUAGCGACUCCGCAGUGGCGCUUCCGGUGGUGAAAUUUCGACACGUUCUGCGGUUUCUCAAACGAUAAUUUUAUUGCAACAAUAUUAUUUCAAUUCAAAAUAAUAUGAUAUAAUCGAUUUAUGCGUCGGCGAAACGGGAAGAUUUUUAAUCUAUACAUAUAAAAUCCAAAUACCACUGACUGACUGACUGAUCGCUGUAUCUCAAAAACCACGUAACGUACGGACUUGAAACUUGGAAUAUAGGUUCUUCUCAUAUUUUCACCGUGCAAUGAGGAGGGAUUUUCAAAAACGUUGCGUUUUAGUGGAGUAAUUAACAAUUAAUUAAUUAUUCACCGCCGAUACGUAUUGUGCGGCCCGCGGGUCUCCAGCUACCUGCAACCUAUCCUUUUUGUUCGUCGUCGUCGUCGUAUAGAUAAGAAUAAUGAUUCCGUGAAUAAAAUUGUUCCGAGAAGUUUAUCGAUAGAAAUAAAUAUAUAUAGAUAUUAGGUUAUUAUGUAUAUUAUCGAUAAUUAUGAAUUUAAGACGGUAAAUGGGGUAUCUACAUGGCGUUAUCUAAUUCGUCACGAGUUUGUUUCCGGGCAACGCCGGGUAAUUCAGCUAGUACCUAAUAAAACUGGCUUAUUUGUCGGCGAAAUGGGAGUCGACGACGAGGACCGAACACACGGACAAUACGCACGCGACGUAACUCUAUGGCGUAACGGCACGGCCGUUUCGAACACUCCGUGUGAUAUCCGCACCAUUUCACAUUAAUAGCUAAUACCUAUACUCUAUGGAUGCACGGUUGUUCAAGAGCGGAAUCGUUUCGAUCCAAAAGCUACUGGAAACUAUUGUCUCAAAACCCAAAAAAACUACACUAUAGAUUAUUUCAUUGAUGAUGUUUGAUUGGAAUAGAUAGCCCAAUAUGAUGGACGACAUUAAGAGUCUCUUUAACGUGGGCAUCUUCGGAACAACCGCGAUCGGACUGAUCAUAAUCUCUUGGUAUAUUAUGUGGCCUAAGCAGACCGAACCGGACGAACGUCGUCAACGGAAUACUGCGCAGCCGUUCAAAAAUCCUCGUUCGGACAGAAACUACGGCAAUUUUGAUACCGCCGGUCGUGAUUCUUUUGUCGAGUUUACUCCGACGACGACGGUAAAUCACGAAAACUAUCUAUAUUGUGAUUAUAAACUUUAUUAUUUUUCUUUAUACACGAGACGAGCCGGGUAAAACGUUAUUAAUGCUUUUAAUUUUAGGUUAUAAACAGUAUAUGCGACGAAAUAAAAUGUGUCGAUAAUAUCGUGAAUAAUCAACAUAGCUGUUGUUUGGUCGACACGGGAACACAAAAUAUUCAAAAUUUAAAUUAUUUUCAUUCGAUUCAUCGGGCACCGUCAGCAGGUAAAUCACAGUAUUCGGUAUACUUGCUACAUAAUUCAUUCGUAUUUACUUUUCGGAAAAUUUAAUAUUCAUAUAUUAUUUUAAGAUUUCCCUUAUAACGUUCGCCCUUACUCUGAGACAGAAUAGCUUGAAAAUUCUUACCCUGCAAAUAUACAGGAUAAUUUACUAACCGUGCCCGCCCCAAUUUUUUUUUUAUUAUUCAAUUUUGCAGAGGUAUGUUCAAAUUCUGAUUUUUGGAAUAUUUAUGUGUAGGUAAUUAAAGCCGAUAUUUUCGAAUACUUAGAUUUUGAGUACCCUGCGGCGUUACUAACUUUUCAAAUGAAAAACUAUAUUAAAAAAUUCCAUUAAUAUAUGGAGUGCAAAUAUUAGUGUUAAAAUUGUUGACUUCUGUUAACUCAUUAACGAGAUAUAACACUAUUAAGUUUAGAUGAGGGGAGAAUUGUGGAGCACUAAUAAAACGUCACUUGUCGUGGCUUUGCACAUGAAAAAGACUUGCUUCCACAAGGAGUUGAACAAAAGUUAGUAAAAAAAAAAGAAAGCAGAUUUUAAACUUUAAGCAUUAUGUUAGCUUAAUGAAUCAAACAACAAACAUUAGAGUUUUAUAAAAUCUAAAAUAAAAAAAAAUUACUGAAAUUAUUAUAAUCAAUAUUUUAAUAUUUUUUAAAUUAUAAAAUUACUAGAAUUGACAGAAUUAGGGGUAAUUGACAGAAUAUGUGCAUGAUAAUUAAUGUCCGGUGUUAGGAUUACACUUAGAUCUUUUGUGCUAGGAAUGCAUGAUAUUGUAGAGCCAUUUAGAGUAUAGUUGUAUAAGUGAAUGAAGAGCUUGUUCCAACAAAAUAACAUAUAGACUGGCAUUUAGCAACAUUGAGAUGUAGCCAUGUGCAAUUUUAUAUUGCAACACUGUUGUUAAUCUUAAUAAGUAUUAUUGCAAUUAUAAUAUUAUUUCAUAGUUCCAUAAAUUAAUAAAACAAUAACAACCAAUGGAUGAAUACAAAUAAAACAAUUAUACAUUGUACUGUUUACAAAAGUUGCGCUGAAUUACAUUCAUAUAAAUAUGUUAUUUGAAUAUUAUGAACAACAAUCAACCCGGAAUAAAAGUUAAUUCAAAAUCAUAGUUGACAAAUAAAUAAAUACAAUUAUUAAGAGGGCAAAAUAGUAUUAUGCACUGUUUGAAAUUAUUAAUUUAAAAAUAAAAAAUACUGUGGAUGGAUACGGCCACAUUUAUAGGCGAGUACCAUUGUUGCCAGUUUUCUAAUGAAGCAAUUCUUUGUGUAAAAAAUAUUAGCAUAAUGAAAUCAUUGAGUAUUUAUUUGAAAAAAAUCGUAUUUUUGUACUUUUUGGAUUUUCCCAAUUAUAAUGAAAACUACUUUGGAUAUCAAAAAACAACUUUCUUUUACAGUGGCUAUAUUAUGUUAAAAGGAACAAAAUCGUUUACUCUUAUCAUUUUUCGAUUGGAGCAAUAUUCCUGGUAGAGUAUAAGUUGCAAAAAUUAAUAUCAAUGAAAACAGUAACGCCGCGGCGUGCCGUGUAAAUAUUUACUGUAUAUUUACCUAUAUUUUUCUUUCGGCAAUUAUCUUGAAUCAAAAAUUAACCUCUCCAGUGCACCAAUUAGAUAAGAAAACGUUAAUAAAAGAUGCUACACUUGAUAUUUCGGAGCAAGUUUUCUGGUAGAAAAGUUGCUCACAGACAUAUAAAAAAAAAAAAAAAAAACAUAGUAAAACCAAUAGAUUCUUCGCUAUACUCUCCGAAUCUAAAAUAGAUCAAAGAAAGACGAGUUUAGUUUUUCUAGAAUGUAAAUAGGAACCUAACCUAACCAUUUAUUAAUUUUGAAAAAUUAAUAUUUAUUUAGUUGAAUAUAUUUAUAUUCAACUAUAUUAAUUGCAAUCUCCAAAAUUGUUAUAGGUAUUUUAUAAUAAUGUUAAAACAAUAUUAGGUAGAGUAAUAAGUAUCUUAUUCUAUUCAAAAAUGUAAUAUCAAUAAAAAAUUGAUAAAAAAAAAUGUUCACUCACAGGAAAAAAGGUAAUUUGUUGGGAACUAAUUUUCCAUGAAAAAAAUUAUAACGGGGGGCCGAUUCUUUACAUACGACGUUUUCUCGCUGGAGGUCAAUUGUUCAUUUUUAUACAUCACACUAGAGAUUAUCAACGAACAUUUUGAAUAAAUGACGGCACAUUAAAAUUAUUGUAAUAGUUUUUUUUUUUUUUUUUGUAUAAAAUUAUUCUUUUUUCGAAUGGCAACAACAUAAUUUUUUAUUUUAAAAUCAACUAGAUAUCGAAUAAAUUUGAUUACAAUGUGAUUAUUACUUUAUUUUAAAAUUACCUAUUAGAUCGUUCAUCGAUUUUAAUAAUUUUAUGACUGACGAUGAAAACGACCAAAAUCAAAUUCGCUCGAAAUCUUUGUAUGGCCUAUACUACUACUUACCUGUAAUAUUGACAAUUGACAACAAUAAUGAAUGAUGAUAUGCUUUGAUAUCCGUAUAUAUAAUGUUUAGAAUGUUCAACAUUUGCCGCAGAACAUCAAUCGAUAACGGAACAAAUUAACCGCAAGUCAUUUAUGGCAGAAAAAUUGAAGUCAUUGGAAAAUAAACUAUCCGAAGUCGAGAGUGAGUAUACCUGCUGCAGCUCUAUUAUAAUUAUUUUAUUUAAUUAUAGAUAUUAUUAUUAUAGCGUAAUAUGUUAUAAUAUUUUUAUAAAAUAAUUUAAUUUUUUAAUUUAAAGUUUGCGUACACUAUAAUUACAUCAGCUAUAUGCAUAGGUUGCACGAUACAGCGGAAAUUGUAAAAUUCGCAAGUACGGGAAUAACAAUAGAUUUAUGCGUUAAUGAAAUAAUACACGUUGGAACGUCAUCGUGUGCAUAAUAAUUUAUUAAUUAUAUCGCAGGCUAAUUUAUACUCAUUCACGUUUUAAAAAUUGAUUACACUGCUACACUGGAGUUGUGUUAAUAAUAAUGAUAAUAGUAUCUAAUGUUACGCUUUUUUAGACAUGUUAACAAAAACCAUUAUACAUACGAAAAUCUGCGAGUCGAAUAACGAUCGCAUUAUGUUGGUUCUCGACGAAAUCAAAAAAUUCGUCAUCGUGCAUAACACCUGCAACGACGAUACGUUUUCUACAGUAGAAACCUACAAACAAAACUGCGGUGACGGUUCGUCUGAAACAAAACUAAGACUGUCCAUUCUAGAAGGUUCGAAAAUAACUCUUCUAUAAUUAAUCUUUGGUCCCAGGGUAGAAAGACUAAAUUUAAUUUUUGGAUUUUUUUUUUUUUUGUGUAAAUUUGUCUUGUUAUUAUUUUUCACAUUUAUUUUUUGAUCUAAAAUCGGGUUUUGAAUUUUUAACACUUAUUUUACUGGAAAUAAAAAAAUCUUAAAUCACUACAAUGUACUUUUUGUUUGGCAAAAAAUACAUGUUAUCCAACUGUAUAACUUAAGUCACUUAGAACGUUAUUUAGCAAUUAUGACAUUUAACAUUUUUUUAAAAUUUAAUUUGCUUGUAUUUAAAACUAGGCAAAAUUGAUUCUACACCGGAGCUGAGAUCAAAGAAUUAUUGUAUCAUAGAUUUGGUUUUUUCUACGCUAUACACUGUUAUAAAUGUAUAUUAUAUACUUGUCUACUCGCACUAUCAAAUUGUUUCAGAUGAAUUUCAAAAAAUACGGCAGAUGAGCGCAUUAUUCGUUAAACCUUCAGUUAUCGAAAAAAAUCUGCAACAAGACAUUAAAGGUAAUACUGAUAUUUUUUUUUUUUUUUUAACAACACUCCAAUUUUUUCAAACAAUAAAGUUUUCGUGAAUAUAAUUACACUUGGUUAAAAAAAAAAUUACAAUCAGCUCAGAAAAAAAUAACAAUGUUUCAAAUGGUAAGGAUAUAAUACGGAUGAAGGAUCAAAAAGCUCUGCAGGGAGCACUGUCCUUGCAUUGUUUGCAAAAAUCUUGAAAAAAAGUACUUAAGCGUUGUCACUGGAACAGUGGACACUGCUUAUUUACUAUAUUUAUACCCAAAUGGAUAUCAUUAAUAAUAUUCACCGUUUUCGUUUCAACAAUUCUAAAAAACAUACAACAUUUUGGACCCUCGAAGAUAUGAAAUAAUAUUAUAUUUUGUAAAGCAAAUAAAAUUUAAAAAAUUAGUCUUAUUUUUGUAAUAAAAUAACUAUUAAAUGUGAUACACAUAUACAUUUAUAUAAUAUUAUAUUAUAUUGUAAUUAGUGGUAGUUGUAUUAUUAUUUAUGUACCUUUAUAUUGUACUGAAAAAAAAUCAAAGUAAAAACUUCACUUUUGUUUAGAAUGAAAUGGGAUAUUUUUCUGGUUUAACCAAAUACACAUAUUGAAGCUAUUUUCAAAAUUUUCCGGUGUGCACAUGUAUUAUAAAACCUAAAUUUUCUUAUAUUAUUAGUUUUAAAACCAAAUUUAAUUGAUGUUCCAAUUUUUUAAAAGAAAUAUUCCUCAAUUAAAAAAUUUUUCUAAAUACAUCGACAUCUAGUUUUUUUUUUUAAAAAAAAAAAAUGGAUCUUUACAAAAUUUAAAACAUAGCGUUAGUAUGUGUUUUUUUUUUUUUUUUAUAAUUAUCUUUACUAAUAAUUAAUACUCCUAAAACAGUAAUCAAAUUUGAUUACUUUUAAAGCCGUGCGAUUUAAAUUGUUUGAAAAAUCGCGAAAAAAUAAUUGUAAUAUUGAAAAUAUGCUCAAAAUGUAUUAUUGCACCCGAUCUUUAAAAAAAAUAAUAAAUCCCACUACAAUAGUUGAAGUCCGUCGGGUUAAAUAUUUCGUGUUAUCAUUUUGUAGUUAAACAUACUAUAUAAUUUGUACAAUGUUGUUAUUUUUUUGUUUAAAUAAUGAUGUAGAACACCAUUAAUAACGAACGGUUCAUAUAUGCAGUAUUUUAGAUUCCGAGCGUAGCGAGGGAGCUAUUGGUUUUACUGAGAUAUUAAUUUUUUUUUUCUUCUUCUAGUCUGUGAACACGUUUUUUCCUUGUAAACUUGCUCCAAUUUUUACGUGUAGCAACUUUUCUGAAAGCUCAAGUUGUCUAGAUUGUACUAUAAAGAAAUCAUUUUCGAUGCCAUUUUUUAAAUAAAAAGUUUCCCCUUAAAUGGGAAAAAACGUACAAUUUCACGAUUUCAUUAUUUUAUAAAAACACGGACGAACCAGUAAAAAUAAUUUAAUCGAAAAAUCAUAGACACCUUUUUUGUUGCCUUUUGAUUUACUUUCUUACGGUAUCAUAGCCAAAACUUUUGAGCCACUUUUGAACUUUUAAGACAUUUUAAGUUUGUGUUGCUGUAAUUCGGUUAUAAAUACACGUGGAGACUUUAAACUUGGUAAUAAUACUUAUACUGGACUUACCUAGCCGUAGUAAAAUUUCCAAAAUCAUCAGAAGCCUUUUUUAUUUUAUUAAGCGUUUUGAAUCAAAUUUAAACGAAAAUCGCAAAAACAAAAUUACUUCAAGUCUUUUGUCAAGCAAUGGUUUAUUGUUGCUUACAGAUAUAAAUGAAAUAACCUUAUAUAUCCUAUCUUCUCAACUUCUCACCUACAGUGGCCGGGGCUCCCAUCCCCAGUAUUGGUUAUUAUUUUUUUUUUUAUUAUAUACAUUCUCGAAACUAUCAAAAUAAUAAUAAUAAUUGAAUAAAAUAAAAUAGUGAUACCUUAUGAUAUUCUUUCAGUCAGAAUGAUUGGUGAACGGACAGAAAUCCUGCUGACGAAAAUUGAACCACCGCCGCCUCCGCCUACGCCGACGCCUGUAUUGUCAUCACCUACUCGCCAAAAGGUUGCGACACCAUUAAAAUCGACGAGUGAAACCUGUUAUAAUAAUAAUUAUACGCGUAUGAAAAUAUCUGUCGAAGAAAUCCGAAAUGUAAAGCUUAGGCCACUACAACAGCACAAAAAAAAGAAAUUCCCAAUCAUAAGAGACGGUCAGUGA